CCCCUUCCGCUCACCGUCCGCUCAAGCCUCAGGAAGCAACAGUAAGCUCCGCCCCCCGCGCUCCGGACGGCGCGAAAACCCAAUUGACAAGAAUUCGUUCUGAAGCCCUUUGGACUGAUCUGAGUUCGGCCUGCUUUCCCCGCCCGGAACCGAGUAGUCCUGAAGGCUCAGCCUCGACCGCCCGCUUCGGGAACACCUGGUGCUCGCCGCGCCCCAGGAGUCUUGCCGCCCGCGCUUUCUCAUUGCCUCUUCCCUCGUUCGACUCGGCUGAUCUCGGCCCGGGCUCCGCGCCCUCUCCGGGCCGGUGGGCGCGGGGGAAUCCGAGACGGACCCGGCAGCCAGCUCCGCUCUCCUUCUGGAGCGGGCCGCCUCCAUGGCCUCCAGGCGGGCCGGUCCGGUCUACGAAAAGUCCUAGGAGCUGGGAUUCCGGGAAACAGGGAGCAUGGUAGGGGUCCUCGCCAUGGCGGCGGCGGCUGCUCCCCCUCCAGUGAAGGACUACGAGAUUGAGCCAUGUAAAAAACGAAGGAAAGAUGGCAGAUCUUCUUGCAAAACAAUUACAAAAUAUUUGCCACCAAUAGGGAAGACUGGAGAUAGGGUUUUCUCUCCACCAAAAUCCAGUAAUAUUCUGGAUUAUUUUAGAAAGACCUCACCAACAAAUGAGAAGACAGAAUCAGUGAAACAGUGUAAGAUAAUGUCAUCUGAACUGUUGCCUGCUGACAGUGGCAAAGACUGUAAAACACCUUUAGAAAUUUUCCCAAAUGCAGAGUUUAAGAAGAGAGGAAAGAGAGUUAAUUUAUCUCAUAAACUAAAUAAUAUUAAACCUGAAAAUGAAUCUCCAGUUGAAAUUAAUAAUGAUGAUAGCAAAGAAGACUCUAGUUUAAAUAAUGAUUUUGUGGAAAGCAGUACUUCUGUUUUCCUCUACCAGAAACAUGUAGCUAUACUUGAAGAAAGUAUUCAAGAUACCAAAAGCCAGUCAAACACUAUGACCUCAAAAAAAAAUUCUGAGAAAAUAAAUCCUAAACAAGGCACCACAAAAAAUGAUUGCAAAAAAUUGAGAAAAAGGAAGCGCAGAGAUGUAAUAGAAAUAUCUGAAAGUUAUUCCUUGGCAAAGGAACCAAAUCUCCUUAAAAAUGAUGGUAAAGAUGAUAAACAGAUGUCUUCCCUAACUAAUGAAAUUGAGAGUAUGGCAAAUGAUGGAGAUCCUGGAGAUAAUGUAACUGAAGCAGCCCAGCUAAAUGAUAGUAUAAUAACUGUCUCAUAUGAAGAAUUUUUAAAAAGUCACAAGGAAAACAAAGUGGAACAGAUACCGGCCUCUACAAUGUCAAUUUGUGUUCCGUCUGAAACUGUUGAAGAAAUAGUCAAAAGUGAUAAUAUUUGUGAUACAGAAACCUGUGAAAGUUCCCAGCAAGUACUCUUUAAGACAGUAACUGUUCUUGCACAAGUUCAUCCUGUACCCCCCAAAAAGAAAGUGAAAAUACAUCCAAUUUUCUUGAAACAAAAGCAAAUUGAAAUGGAAAACAGUCUAUCUGAUCCUGAGAGUGAACAGACAAUUCAGAAAAGAAAAUCAAAUGUUGUUAUACAGGAGGAAGAAUUAGAAUUGGCAGUGUUGGAAGCUGGAAAUUUUGACGCUGUAAAGCCAAAAUGCACUCUAGAAGAAAGACAGCAAUUUAUGAAAGCGUUUAGGCAGCCAGCAUCUGAUGCACCUAAAAAUGCAACUAAAAAAUCUUCGGAUAAGCAGAAAGAUCUUAAUGAAAAAUCUUUAAAUGAGGAAGGAAGAGACAGUAUUUCUAAAAAAGUCAUGGAAAAUUCUAACAUUCAAAUUGUUUCAAAUAAUGGCAGUUCACAGCCACACCCUGCUAAAAGAAGUUUUCCUAAGGAGAAAAGUAAAAAGCUAAAGAAAAAGGGUAAGGAAACAUUAGAUGCUGAGGCUACUUCAGUUGAAAAUAGGAAGGGAAAAACUCAAAAGAAAGAAACAAUCUUUUCCUUAAAAGCUAAGCAAAAUCAAAAUAGGGUUAGAAGGAGUUUAAGACAAAAGAAAACAGGAGUUUUUAAAAGCAGCACUUUAUUUAAGAGUGAAAGUCUUGUUUGUGAAGAGAUAGCAAAUGCUGACCCUUUAAAGAUAUCCUCUCACUGUAACAAUAGUAAAUCAUCAAGAAAAACCAGCACACCAGUUAAGGAUGUCAAAGUUAUACAUUUUAAAGCUGAACCUGAAGACAGCUUGGUAAAUGUUUCCACACCCAAAACAACAAGAAGAUCUGUAAGGAGUAGCAGCACACCUACUACAGUGAUCAUUAGAGAUUCUGAUUCUGAAGAUGUACAGGAUAAUACUCCAGUAAAGGCUUCCACUCCCAACGCAGCCAAUUUAUCAGGAGAGCAUAGCUUAUAUACAGCAGAAUUAAUAACAGUACCCUCUGAUUCAGAAAGCCCUAUUAGAAUGAAAUUCACCAGAAUUAGUACUCCCAAAAAAUGUAAGAAAAAAUCUAAGAAAAGACCUGAGAAAUCUGAAGUGCCUGAUGGAGAUUUUACUUCUCAGACGAGAAAGGCAAAUAAUGCUUCAAAAAAUAUAUCAAAAGCAAAACAAUUAAUUGAAAAAGCAAAAGCUUUACACAUUAGUAGGUCUAAGGCUACUGAGGAAAUAUCAGUACCUUUAAGGCGUUCCUCUAGACAUCAGACGCUUCCUGAAAGGAAGAAAUUGUCAGAAACAGAAGACUCUGUAAUAAUAAUAGAUUCAAGUCCUACUUCUUUAAAGCAUCCUGAUAAAAAUCAAAAGAAACUUCAGUGUUUGAAUAAUGUACUAAGAAAAAGCCUGAACAAGUCUCCCAAAAAUGUACCUGGAAAAAUGAAAGUUGCUCCUUUAUUUCUUGCCAGAAAAGCUCAAAAGACAGCUGCUCCUGUCCUUGGUUUUGAUGAAAGCAGUCAAGAUACAUCUGAAAAACCUCAGAAUUGUGAUGUGCAAUUUAAAGCAAAGCGUGAAUUUCUAAUGAGCGGUUUGCCAGAUUUGUUGAAACGACAGAUUGCAAAGAAAGCAGUUGCAUUGGAUAUGCACAAUGCUAUGAGUACCAGUUUUCAGAGAGUUGUUCAUGUACAACAAAAAGAUGAUGGGUGCCAUUUGUGGCACUUGACACCACCCACUUGUGCUCUGUUAACUAAAUUAAAAGAACUGAAUACUAAAGUAAUAGAUGUCUCAAAAUGCAGUAUUGCGCUUGGUGAAUUUUCAACAUUGAGUUUAAAUUUGAAAAGCAUUAAUUCUCCUGUUGUGCUUAUGAGAACAAGGAAGGAGUUUACUGACGAAGUAAGGAAUCUUUUGCUGGAGGAGAUCAGGUGGUCAAAUCCUGAAUUUCCCUUAAGAAAGUAUUUCCCUUUGCUUCUAAAAAAACGAACUGAGCACCAGGUACUUUCUGAAUGUCAUGGUAAGCAAGUAGGAAGUCCACAACUAGAACCCGAUGUCAAUCAAAAAGAAAUCAAAAGGAAACGAGUGGAAACUGAAAAUCAUAAGUCAAAAAGAAAGAAACCAAAUGAAUGUUCAGUAAGUUCAAAAAAUAUAAGUGAGAAGCCAGAAGAACUUGACAGAAGAAAUAACUCCUCUGGGAUAAAGCUAGAUUCUUGCAAAAGUAUAUUUUCUAAAACAUCCAGGAAGAAACAAACUGCUUUGAAUGUAACAUGUAAAGUGAAAACAGAAACAGAAGAUUUUGAUAUUGUGAUAAUUGAUGAUGACAAAGAAUCUACAUCAAAAAUAUCUUCUAUUCCUGAUUCUGGAAUUGAAGACACGCUUUGGACAGAGAAGUAUCAACCUCAGAACUCCAGUGAACUCAUAGGCAAUGAGGUGGCCAUAAAAAAGUUACAUAGUUGGUUGAAAGACUGGAAAAGAAGAGCUGAAUUGGAAGAAGGACAAAAUUUGAAGGGAAAAAGAGAUGAAAAACAAGAAGAUCUGUUGGACAGCAUAGAUUUUAAAGGAAGUUCAGAUGAUGAAGAGAGUCGUCUUUGCAAUACUGUUCUUAUAACAGGGCCAACAGGAGUGGGAAAAACUGCUGCAGUUUAUGCCUGUGCUCAGGAGCUUGGAUUUAAGAUAUUUGAAGUGAAUGCCUCUUCCCAACGCAGUGGUAGACAAAUUCUGUCUCAACUAAAGGAAGCUACUCAGUCCCAUCAAGUAGAUAAGCAAGGUGUAAACUCACAAAAACCUUGUUUUUUUAAUAGCUACAACAUAGGCAAGUCACCAAAAAAAUUAAGCUCCCCUAAGAAAGUUGUUACAUCGCCAAGGAAGCUCCCUCCACCUUCACCAAAAAGUAGUGGACCAAAGCGAGCACUCCCCCCUAAGACUUUGGCAAAUUAUUUUAAAGUGUCUUCCAGAUUAAAAAAUAAUGAAGAAAUAGGAGCACUUCAUGAAAAGAAUAAAGGAAUAAAAAAUUCUUUAGAACAGAAACAGAUUACUCAGGCUAAACCGACAAAGACAGCUAAUUCAAACAUCAGAGACUUUGGAGCAGAGGAAUCCACCAGGAAAAAUGCAACAUCUCUCAUUCUUUUUGAGGAGGUUGAUGUAAUUUUCGAUGAAGAUGCUGGGUUUUUAAAUGCAAUCAAAACGUUCAUGGCAACAACUAAAAGACCUGUAAUCCUUACUACAAGUGACCCAACAUUUAGUUUAAUGUUUGAUGGCUGCUUUGAAGAAAUCAAAUUUAAUACUCCUUCCCUGCUAAAUGUUGCCAGCUACCUACAGAUGAUCUGCUUGACAGAAAAUUUUAGAACUGAUCUAAAAGACUUUGUCACCUUGUUAACUGCAAAUACUUGUGAUAUCAGAAGAAGCAUCCUUUAUUUACAAUUCUGGAUUAGAAGUGGAGGUGGCUUUUUAGAAGAAAGGCCAUUAUCCCUUUGUGGAGGAAAUAGCAGGAAUGAUCAAGAUUGCCCUAAUACAAAAAAUAUUAAAAAGAAUUCUGCAGUCCUUCCCAAAUGUGACACUGGCUGUGUUGAGACCUUCUUUGGACUUAAGAACAUAUUUUUCCCAUCUGAAGACUUAUUUUCAUUCUUAAAGCAUAAAAUCACAACAAAGGAAGAAUGGCAUAAACUCAUCCAGCUUCUUACACAAUUCCAAACACGGAAUGUAGAUUUCUUAUAUAGUAAUCUUGAGUUCAUUCUGCCAUUACCAGUUGAUAUCAUUCAAGAAACAAAUGACCUUUGUAGCUUAUCAGUAACUGUGAGUGCCCGUCCAACAAUGAAAAGUAUGAAAUAUCUUCCUAGGAACCAUUCUGAAGGAAAGCAGCCAUUGAAAAAGUCAUCAAAAAAGAAACGCAAGAAAAAGAUGGUAAUACUAGAUGAUAGUGACUUAUUUGACACCAGAUUGGACUUCGCGGAUGAAUUUAUUAGUCUAACCCCAACCUCUUCAAGUUCAGAAGAAAGCAAAGUCAAAGACAAAGAAAGCAAACCAGAGACGAAGAAACCAAACAAAUGUUUAGAGGCUAACAUUGAUUCUGUUGCUCCUCCUCCUCCUAAAACGCUAGCAGAAAAAAAAUGUUCUGCCCUUGUUUCUCAUUGUUUAAAUUCCCUCACUGAGUUCAUGGACAACAUGUCCUUCUUAGAUGCUCUUAUACCUGAUGUAAGCGAACAAAAGGAAUUUGGUAAAAAUGACUUUAACUGGGCAAAUGGAAAGGUUAAAAAUGGACUUUGUGAUGAAUUUAGUCUUGAGAGUAGUGACAGAUGGCAUUAUCAGAGCUCUGGAGAAUUAAAGGCAGUUGUAGAAGCUCUCAGCUUUACUAAAUGUUCUUCUACUAUUUCAAAAGCAUUGGAAACCUUGAAUUCCUGCAAGAAAUUAGGAAGAGAUCCAACCAAAGAUCUCACUUUUCAUGUUUCACAAUGCAACAAUGUAUACUUUAGUCAAUCAGCAGCUAAUUUAGAUAAUGCACGGAAGAGGAUAUCAUUUGUUAAAAGUGUAUUUUCUAGUCGAUCUCUUCUGAACCUGAAUAAUAGACAAGCUAGCAUAAUUGAAUACUUGCCAACUCUUCGAAACAUUUGUAGGACUGAGAAGCUAAAAGAACAAGGAAAAAGUAAAAGAAGGUUCCUGCACUAUUUUGAAGGAAUUCACCUUGAUAUUCCCAAAGAGACCGUGAAUACACUGGCAGCUGACUUCCCUUAAUAUGCCACAUUAACAAUUAUUUGUACAGAUUAUGUGGUCCUUAAUAUACAUUUUUAUAUUAUGUUGAUUUUCAUGAAAGAAUCUAUUUCUCUUUAAUGUAUAUUUAAAAUAGACUUGGUAUAUUUUUUAUUAGUGUGCAAAUAUUUAAAAUGAAAAAUAUUGAGUUACAAAUUGUAAAUAUGAUUGUGGUUUUUUUUAAUUUUUUAAAUUGUCUGAUGUAGCUUUGUUGGAGUAUUUUUGUAUGUGAGAAAGCUGUAUUUAGAAGGUAGAGUUCACUAAUGUUUUUUUAACUGUUUUACUACUAGACUAAUCUGUAAUUUUUCCAUUUCCUAUUCCCUUAAUUCACCCUUCUCCAAACUAUCAGUGCUCUGUUGAAUUGUAAAUACAAAUCACCUAGAUGGUAAUCUUUUUAAAAAUAAGUUUACAUAAUGCAAAAUACAAAAUUAGAUAUGUAAAACUUAAGUAUACUAACUGAAGGAAAUCGUGCUUCAUUUUUUAAAAAAGUAAGAUCUUGGUGAUACUAUACUCCUCCAGCAUAUUUUACCAUUGAAUCAUUGAAUGUCAACAAAGUGAAAACAAGAUUAUGAAUCUUGAUUAUAAAUAUUUUUUAGCAAUCAUACAUAUGUGAUAUCUUGUAUAUACUGCCAACUCAAAUCAUUUGCCUUGUACAUUUUUCUUGUAUUUUAAUUUCAUUUAUGUUUUAUUUCAUAAAGUUAUUAAUGAUGUUAAUAUAUCUAUUUUGGACAAACUGCUCUCCAUUAAAACUGUAACAAAAGAUGUCUCUACUAUAUGAUUCCUACAUAAUAGCCAUUUCUACCUUAAGAAUGUUUUUGGAAAAAAUAUAUUUUUUAACUGUAUUUUAAAGUAUCACAUUUCACUUAAAAUUAUUUUGCAAUCAGAUAAUCAGGUGUAUCCUAAAAUACUUUCCUUUUUCAAGUGUUUAUAUUAUAUAGUAGCUUAAUAUUCAGAUACAUUAUCUGGUGAAUUAUAUUUUUAACUCUAAAGUAAGGAUCCUAAUUUUGUACAGUUUUGAAAAAUAUAAAUGCAUACCUGUGUACAAAUUGUAUAAAGAUACUUGUUUUUACUUCUUAUUUGUUCAACCUACCUUUUCGUGUAUUGAUUAGUACAUUGAUUUAAUUAAAGGUUAAAGCCAAAAGGCUUUAUAUGAUAUUUAAAUCAAAGUUCUGAUCUAAUCAUCUUGGCAAAUUAUGUAUAUUAUAUGGCUUUGGAUAUAGGUUUCAUCCCUGUACAGAAGAGAGACUAAGAUCUUUUGAAGCAUACUUUUAAAAUAUACUGAUUUACUUUUUUCUAAUGAAUACUAGGGUUCCUCCACCUAUAUAGACGACUUGUAAAUUUGGUCUAAUAGUUCUGAUAAUCCUCAAUAACUGAAGAACCA